AUGCGGCUGCAAACUCCCACAAUGCUAUGCUAUAAAUGGACAGUCUUUCCGAUGUUUUUCUCCAAUACAAUGUCUUCAAUGAAUGAAAAGAUCGAGGUGAACCACGUGGAACAGGAAGAAGACGGUAACUCUCAGAUGUCUUCCACGGCCAGGGAAAAUACGAUAUUGCACGAUGCUAGGAAGGCUACCGAAGAAGAGCAUGCUUUGCUGGCAAAACAAGCUCUUAAAGACUACAAACCUGCCAUUUUUUGGUCCAUGGUUAUGAGUGGAACUAUUUUGAUGGAAGCUUACGACAGUAUUCUUAUUCUGUCUCUCUUCGCUUAUCCAUCUUUCCAAAAAAGGUACGGGAAAGAGAUCUCUCCCGGAAGCUAUCAGAUCACUGGUCCCUGGCAGAGUGCUUUGGGUUGUGGCAGUAGUAUUGGAAUAAUCAUUGCUUUGGCAUUCAAUGGAGUUUUGGUUGAGAAAUAUGGACACAGAAAAAUCAUCAUUGUUAGCUUGUUCUUCAUGGCAGCGUUCAUUUUCGUCACUGUAUUUGCCAAAAAUGUUGAGAUGCUUUUUGUUGGCCAAAUUCUCAACGGCUUUCCCUGGGGUUUCUUUUCCGUCAUCGGGUUGAUUUAUGCUUCCGAAGUUGCCCCAUUGCCUCUUCGUGGCUUCUUAUCGGCGUACGUUAUGAUGUGCUGGGCUACUGGUCAACUUAUUGCUGCAGGGGUGUUGAAAGCUAUGCUUAACGACACUACUCAAUGGGCUUAUAGGUUGCCUUUUGCUAUACAAUGGGUAUGGAUACCUCCCAUUUUUGUCUUGACUUUACUUUCUCCUGAUUCACCGUAUUGGCUCGUUCGUAAAGGACGGGUAGAAGAAGCGGAGAAGUCAUUGAAGAGACUUUCAUCGAAGUCUAUUCAUCCAAAUAUCAAGCGGAAGUUGAAACUUUUAAUUCACACCAAUGAAUUGGAAAUGAAACAAGCGUCCGAGUUCGAUGACCGCUUCAAAGGUUGGAAAUCUUAUGUCGAGUGUUUCAAGGGCCCCAACAGAAGGAGAACAGAAAUCGCUUGUAUGUCCAUUGCAGGGCAAGUUUUGGGAGGUAACAACUUUGCUUACUCUCCUUCUUACUUUUUCUCCCAGGUGGGAUUGAAUAGCACACAAACGUACAACUUGAACUUAGGUAUCACUGGACUUGCGUGGGUUGGUACUUUCGUUUCGUGGUUCAUUGCUGGAAAAGUGGGCAGAAGAAAGAUUUACAUUACUGGUAUUUUCUUUAUGACCCUCUUUCUAUUACUUAUUGGGGUCUUACAGACUCCAGCAGACAAUAACCCACUGGUAGCAUGGGCACAAGUCGGUUGCACCUUUGCAUGGGUUGUAUCGUUUGUCUUGACUCUUGCACCCUUAGCGUACACCAUUACGAGUGAGGUUUCAAGUACCAGAUUAAGAUCCCAGUCGAUUGCCAUUGGAAGAAACGCCUACAAUCUCUGUCAGUUAACUGCUCAGGUGGUAGAGCCGUACUUCAUCAAUCCUGGUAAUUUGGGAUUGAAAGGAAGAACAGGUUUCAUUUGGUUCGGAACCAGUUUUCUUACUCUCAUAUGGGCAAUUUUCCGGCUACCAGAAACCAAAGACCGCACCUACGAGGAGUUGGAUAUUCUUUUUGAAAGAAAAGUGCCACUUACCAAGUUUGCUAGUUAUAAACUUGAUAUUAAUGAUGAAAAUGAAAUAGUGCUGGAAAUUAAAUAA